AUGUUAAUUCUCAAUACAGAAAUGAAAAAUAGUUUAAUUAGAAAUAUAAAAGAAGGGGAAACGAUGUUAGAGAGUUUAGAAUAACUAAAUUAGAAUAGGAAGCGGUCUCAUUCUUUUGAUCUGCCAUUCAUAACCUUAUUAUCGGUGAACCAAUUGUCCAAAAUGUAACCCAAAUUAAAAAAUAUGCUUUUGAUACCAAACUCUUCAAAUUAUAGAAAUUCAGCAAGAAAAUCAUAAAGAUCAGAAAAACCUGACCUAAUGGACGCAAUAUCUAUGGUAAGCAAUGUAGCCUCCGAAACCCCUUAAUAGAAAGCAAAUAUCAGAAGAGCUAGUUAAUAUGAUUACAUUAGCUUAAAGUAAAGAAGAUUAGAUAGUUUUGCUCCUUACGUGUAUGUCAGUCAACAUUGCAGAGACGUGGCAGUAUAUAAGAAGAAAAAAUUGAAUCGAAUAAAAAUGCAGUAUAGUAUAUCAAUAAUUCAAUUAGAAUUUAUGAGAAGAUCAAAUGUUAAGAAGCAGUAGAAAGUAUAGAGAAGCAGGAGUUCUCUAUUGCCAUAAUUAAUCAAAAUAACACAUCGAAGAGCCAAAACAGUUAGUGAUUAAUUAUAUCAAGGUCCAAUAUUAAAAUUGGAUACUGAAUUAGAAAAAAAAAUUAGGAUGUUGAUCUAUUCACAAAGAUGUUCUCGAUUAAUAUUGAAAAGAAAGACAUGUAUUCAAGAACCUCAAAACAAUAUAUUCGUCUCAAGAGAUAAAUUGAGAAGAUACCAAGAAGUGAUGGCUAAGAAGUUUGUAAUCUUCUAUUUAAACCCGUUUAGGAUUAGGCAGACUCAUCAUGUGAGUCCUCUCCUCAGAUCGUGACUAAAAUCUAGUUUAAGAAGACUUAAUUUAGUAAAAUCUAGGUAGCUGAAAAUACGAUCAAUCAAUAUCUGACUCCCAGGGGACACUGUGACCAAAACCUCAAUAUCCUCAAUAGAAAAACAUCUCAUAGUGUUAUAGCUUAAUAUGUGAUGGAUAAGAAUAAGAAACUAAAGAGCUUUGUUCGAGAAGAGUAAAAAUUGCCUUUGAUUAAAUAACCAAGUCUAAAUGAAUUCAAUUAAUAUUUAUUAGCUUAAAAAAGAAGUAUCGAUGUUGGAAGAUUGUCUUAAUAAUUGAUACAAUCCAAAUCUCAAGAUAAUGUAGAUAAACAGAUUUAGUUAAAUUAGAAGCAAAAUCUUUUCAUCAAUAAGCAAAUUAAUAUGCUGAUUUAAUAAAAAUCAGAUCCUCAAAUCAAUCAGAACAUAAGAAUUAGGACAUUGCCUAAUGAUAUAAAUGCGAGUAAAACUAAAACCAGCUUGUUACGAAAGUUGAGACCUUAUCUUAAAUGA